CGUGGCGUUGCUGUGGCAACAAUAGUAAACGGAGUCCUCCGGCAGGUGUGAGUAGAAACCAGCUGCGGUGCUGAACACCUCUGAAGACAUGAAGGAGCCAGAUGACCAGGACACUGAUGGGGGAAGAUCAAGGAGCGAUGGCAAGCAUUCUUCUAGAUCCGAUUCAAAACAAGCUCCAGAAGACACCACAGAUGACCUAUACACUGACGAGGAAGAAUCAUAUCUCGAUGAUGACUUUGACUUGGAAGACAUGGGACAAAGUACCAGCUCAUUUCAAGAGUUUCUUCGGAUGACCAGCUUAUCUCAGGAACCUCCUCCAGAAAUUAAAGAAGAGGCCGAGGAGAGUAUAAAGAAGAAGAUAUCGGAGAGCUUCUUCUACAACUACGAGGAGCUUGUCUCCACACCCUAUGUGACUCCAGAAGCAAAGAUCCCACUGGAUUUUCUUACGCUUCAACAUUCUUUUGGCUAUGACUGCAAAAAACGAGCUAACCUACAGCUUCUGGAUUCCAGUACCCUGUUGUACAUCGCUGGGAACCAGUUGGUCCUGCUGAAUUUUAGAACCAAGGAGCAAAUGUACCUGCAGAGUAGCAGUGGUCAAGGAAUCGGUGCCAUUGGGGUUCAUCCGGACAAAACUUACUUCAUAGUCGCUGAAAAGGGCAGUUUCCCAAAGAUUAUUAUCUAUGAAUAUCCCUCUCUGAGGCCCUACAGAAUCUUGCGAGAUGGGACAGAGAAGGCCUAUGCGUACGUAGACUUUAACAGUGAAGGGACCUUGCUGGCUUCCGUGGGGGGUCACCCUGAUUACACGAUAACCAUCUGGAACUGGAAGGAAGAGCAGCCUACCCUGAGGACAAAAGCAUUUUCUCAGGACGUUUUUAAGGUCACUUUCAAUCCCGAAGAUGAUGAGCAGCUAACCACGUCAGGAUUGGGCCACAUCAAAUUCUGGGAGAUGGCCUUUACUUUCACUGGCCUCAAGCUGCAGGGAUCACUGGGGCGAUUUGGCAAAACAACCACUAGCGACAUAGAGGGUUACACCGAGCUUCCGGAUGGGAAGGUGCUCUCGGGAUCGGAGUGGGGCAACCUGCUGCUUUGGGAAGGCAGCCUCAUCAAGGUGGAGCUCUGCCGAACUGGCAUGAAGUCUUGUCACCAGGGUCCCAUUAACCAGAUAAUGCUGGACGAGGGGGAAGUUAUUACCGCUGGCUCAGACGGCUGUGUCAGGAUAUGGGACUUUGAGACAAUUGAUACUGCUGACAUCAUAGAUGACACUGGAUUGUUAGAGAUAGAGCCUAUAAAUGAACUUCAAGUAGACAAGAAUGUCAACCUCUUCUCAAUGAUAAAGAUGAAUGAAAUUGGAAAUAACUUUUGGCUGGCUCAGGAUGCCAGUGGAGCCAUAUGGAAGCUUGAUCUUAGCUUUUCAAAUAUUACCCAGGACCCAGAAUGCCUCUUCUCUUUCCAUUCUGGAGGCAUUGAAGGCUUGGCUGUUUCUCCUCUUACUUAUCUCAUGGCCACAACUGCCUUGGACUGUUCUGUUCGCAUCUAUGAUUUUGCUAGCAAAACUCCCUUGGUCCAGAUGAAGUUCAGACAAGGAGGUACUUCGAUCACUUGGGUGCCCCUAACAGUGAGCUUCUCCGCUGCACAGCUUGUCAUAGGAUUCCAAGAUGGUGUUGUUCGGCUUCUUGAACUUUAUGAUCCAAAAGGAGUUACACUUUUUGCAGGACGAAAGAAAAUCUUAGAUGCGGAGUUACAUUUGAAACAAGUCUUCAAGCCCCAUACUGCUGAAGUCACGGCUUUAGCUUAUGAUCGUGAUGGGGAGAUCCUAGCCACUGGGAGUAAAGAUCAAACUGUCUUCUUUUUUGAAGUGGAAAAGGAUUACAAGCCAAUCGGUUAUUUUAAUACCCCUGGUCCUGUCUGCCAGCUGAUGUGGUCCCCAGCCAGUCACCCUGAAAGCACCUUGCUGACCAUCUGCGAGAAUGGCUACGUCCUUGAAUGUCAGAGUCCAACCAUUAAGGACGUGGAUGACCACGAUGUCGUCUCCUAUGAAAUCCAGGACAUGGUCCUCAGAUGCUUCCACUUCUCAAGUAUCAAAUCGAAGAUUCUGAGAUUAAUGGAAAUUGAAAGGAGGGAAAAACAAAAGCAGUUGAAGGAGAAGGAGAAAGAAGCAAGGAGGAAGAGACUUGCAGAGGAAAGGGAAGAAUUUGGAGAAGAGGGAUUACUGGAGGAAGAGGAGGAGGAAGAGGAAGAAGAGGAAGAGGAGCCGCUGCCUGAGAUCUUCAUCCCACCCACCCCCUCUCCCAUCCUCUGUGGCUUUUACUCAGGGCCAGGGAAGUUCUGGGUGUCAUUGGGCAACUACGAUUCUGGUUUUCUCUAUCACUGUCAAUUUCCCCCAUUCGUCACUGGCAUUAAUUUCCAGAAGCAGGAGGAUGAACCAUUUGAUUACCGCCUUCUUGAGGAUACAGAGGACAAUCCCAUCCAAACAUUCUCUUUCAGUUCCAACCAGACUAUGAUGUUCUGUGGAAUGAGAAAUGGAGCAAUUCGAGUGUAUGUCCUAAAUGAGGGUGAUACCUCCCUGACCAGUUUGCGGGAUUACUGGCAUUUCAAUGUGCAUGACAAUAACUACGGAUGUGUUAAAAGCAUUGCUACUAGUUUCGAUGAUCAGUACUUGGUGACUGCUGGGGCAGAUGGUAAUAUCUUUGUCUUCAACGUUUAUUCUCAAUUUAUAGCUGAGAAGAUAGCCAAAGCCAAAGUGCCUUCUCCCAGGUUUGGGAUUGAGUCAGAGCCCAUUCCAGAAGACAUUGAAGAUCCCAAAGCCUACAGUAUUGAGAAUGCCAGGAGGAAAAGAGAAUAUGAUAAGUUAAUGAAGGAAGUAGAAGAAAUAAAAACCAUGAAGAGAGAGCAAAUCAAAUCUUUGAGGAAUGAAUUUUGGAAACUGUUAGCAAUGAAUAAAGAAUUACCGGUACACAUGCAGUUUCAGCGGAAAGAUUUCAAUAUUGAUGCCACAAUUCAUGCUGAAAUCAAUAAGAAAACAAUUCUCAAAAUCCAGGAAGUGGAAAAUGAAUUAGCUUGGGAAAAACAGAAAUAUGAACUCGGCCUGAAGAAGCUCCAGAACAGAUUUCAUGACCCACUGGAAAGCGACACUGUUGUGGUUUACGCCAUCCAGAGUGACCACCAGAUAGCGUCUUACAGACUGGUGAAGCCCUCUAAGUAUUCCAAGUUAAAAAGACAAAGUCAGUGGGAGAGAAGAGCGAGCAAACUGGAGAGGUUUGAAAAGGAAGGUCCUACAAGGAAGGAGAGCCAAAAAGAUACAGGUGGAACUGUCAGCCUACAAGAAGAAUCAAUAAUAGAAAAAGGGAAGAAAUUUCGGCCUAGAACCCUAAGUGAAAUUAUGGUAGGAAAUCAAGUCGAGAAAACAAGGAAACUUCUACAAAAAGCCGAACAGGCCCAACUCAAGAUUCUGCAGCGCAAAAAGGAGUGGGAUGAGCUUUACAAGAGCAAACCUGACGAUGACUAUGAAGAUCCCAAAGAUGUUCAAGCCAUCAGAGAAGCACAGACAUUCAUGGGGGAUUUCAAUCUGAAGACAGCCUCGGACUACAAGAUCCCUGAACACAUGAGGAUAAAUGCUGCCAAGAAGGAGGAGGAACUGGGGCACCUUGACACAAUGGCCCACGGAAAGAAGAGGUACAUGAACAAGUGCAUUCUUUCCCUCCGAGAUCUUAAGUUGGCUGUCAUUGAGGAAAUCCAGUGCCUGGUACAAGAACUGAAGAACAUUCAGUCGUCCAUCCCCACAUCCAAGCACUUACCCAUUCCUCAGAUCCCGCAGAUAUAUCCAGAAGAAGUCCCAGAAAGGAGAUUUCAAUACGACGAGGAGACACUCUUGAGAUUUAAGAGAAAGCAAAAGAAGCGCCAAGAUGAGGUGACCGAUAGCAAACAGGCAGGAGCCGGGAGCACAGGCUCAGGAGGGCUAGGAUUCCUCAAGCUGUCCUCGGGAAAGGAAGGCGAUCUUACAACACGAGACUCCCUGUCUAGGUCAUCCAAGGCUUCGGCGCUCACCACGGAGCUUCCAAAGUCAUCCGAGUUUGAAAAGGCAGAGCCAAGUGAUGUGGAGCUGGAGAUUAUGAAGAGAGAUGAGGUCAAACACUUGUACAUGCAGCAGUAUUUGUGCAACAGGAUCAAAGAGCUGACGGUCACUUUUGACGCAGAACUCCACCUUCUGAGACACCGGAAACUGAAACUGGAUACGCAGAUGAAACUCUCUGACCUGCACCAUGUCACGCUAUUUCAAGAAAUGCUUCUCCUCAAGAAUUUUGAAAAACAGGAAAAUAUUCUUCAAGAGCGUGUCAAUUCCUUAGACAAAGAAGAGCAGGACAUGCAAUGGAAAAUCAAUGAAACUCUGAAAGAGAUGGAGGAGAAAAAGAAUGAAAUCACCAGGCUCCAGGAGCAGGAAAAGGCCCUCUACGCCGGGUUCCAGUCAGCCCUCGGAGAAAAUCAUAAAUUUGCAAACUUCCUUAUGAAAGUCCUGAAGAAGAAAAUUAAGCGGGCAAAGAAAAAGGAAGUUGAAGGCGAUGCUGAUGAAGAUGAGGAGAGUGAGGAAUCCAGCGAAGAGGAGUCCAGCUUGGAGAGCGAUGAAGAUGCAUCCGGAUCUGAGGAUGAUGUUUUUGACGAUUCCAUCUGCCCAAACAACUGUGAUCCGAAUCUUUUUGAACUGGCCCUCCAACUUCGAGAGAAAAGGCUAGACAUUGAGGAAGCCUUAGUGGAAGAAAAGAAAAUUGUUGACAACCUGAAAAAAGAAUACGAUACGUGCUCCAAAAAGGUAAAAGUUGUGGCGACCAAUCUGAACGCUGCCGAGGAGGCCCUGGAGGCCUAUCAGCGAGAGAAGCAGCAGAGACUGAAUGAACUGCUGGUGGUCAUUCCCCUCAAGCUCCACCAGAUAGAGUAUGUGGUCUUUGGGGAGGUGCCUACCGACCUUUCUGGAGCCUUGGUCUUUUCUAACCACUCCCUGGGGCGGCUGCAAGAGCGAAUCAUCCAGCUCCAGGAGGAAAACGCCCAGCAGCAAAAACUCAACAGAGAAUGCAGGGAGAGGCGGAAGAUGCUGAUCCGGGAGAAGAGAGAGAUGGCCAAAACCAUCCAUAAGAUGGAAGAGACGGUCCGCGAUCUGAUGAUCAGCAAGUUUGGCCGAGUGAUCGACCUGGAAGCCCUGCAGACGCUUUCUGUGAACACAACACUCGAAGAACUGAAGAUCAAAAAACUGCGAAAGGAGCUAGCCAAUGCGAAGGAGCUAAGGAUGUGGGAGGAAAAGAUUGCUCAGUUGCGGUGGGAACUGAUGAUGAAGACGAAAGAGCACACCCGAAAGCUGCACCAGAUGAACGACCUGUGCAUCGAGAAGAAGAAACUGGAUUCCAGACUGAACACGCUCCAGAACCAGCAGGGAAAUGCCUUCCAGGGCCCUCGGAAAGCAGACACAGUGGCAAGACAGAAGAUCACCGAGCUGGUCCAAACCCAGGCAGAUAAGAUCUUGGCCUUAAAGGAGGAGAUUGCCCUUUUGCGGAAGAAAGGAGGGCUCAUUCUCCCACCCAUCACAUCCACACAAGAGAACGAAAUGAAGUCUGUGGAUGCUUAACUGCACGAUCUUCUCAUCUCCGACCCGGGAGCCCUGGCGGAACUCACCAGCCUACUUCCCAUCACCCAUCCUCCCGCUACGGAGCCAACCAUAGCGAGAGUGUAGAAAAGCCCCCUGCCAUGUGGAUUAACAGUAUCUCUCCGCCUUAGAAAUAACUGAUGUAUGACGUGUAAUUAUAGUUGUGCUAAGACAGGUUGGAUGUUCCCAGCCUAACUUGAGCAUGAAGAAGGUUGGAUCUUGUAAUUUAAGAAAACAGCUGUUACAUACUGUGUCCUCAGUAACAUCUGUUUUUCUGGGAUUCUGAAUAUUCAGCCGUUGGUAAGAAAAACUAUUAUUCAGCAAUCAGUGAGAGAACAUCCUCUGCUUUGUGCUUGUGUCUUUUGAAAAUAAACUGUUUGUGUUGAAUAGUCUGUGAAGGGACCUAAGAGAAACAAGGCGAACCAUGGUGCCAGUAAUAACUGAGAACAGAAAUGCAAAUAUGAACGUUGUUACUGUCGACUUC